ACAUUGCCCACCUAGCUUACUGGCCGAGCAAGACAGCCUACGAGAAAUGGGCUGUCGACUCAGGGUUCCAACAAUGGUGGGAUGACCUGGACGUCGAGUCACAAAGCCACGGAUGGUUCCUCGAGAUCUUUUUCCCGACGAUUGACCGGUUCGAAACUGUGUUUUCCAACAACGAAGUGCCCGAGGGUGCAGCACAUAUGAGGGAAUGCGUUAGGGGCCCGAUCCAGGAGCAUGUGUACUGGGGUAGCAUGCGUGAUCGCAUGGCUGCCGCCCAAGAUGACGAGCUGGCCGGAGAAAAGGUUGAUCGGCCGACGACGACCUCCCAUACCAACGGCACGGAAACCAACGGAGACGCAACAAAAUCACCUCGCAGAGUCAAAGUCGGUGGCAAGCACAACUUGGCCAUCAUUCGCUCCGGCCAAGACUGGUCCGACACUUUGCCCGAGGAGCGACAGCUCUAUCUCAACACUAUGCACCCUGUCCUGAUCAAGGGAAUGAACUUCUUGCGCGAUCAAGGAGAGGAAGUUGGUUGUCACAGCUGCCGAUUUAUGGAUCUGAUUGAUCCCGUAACGGGCAAGGCCGAUAAGGAUCGCACCUUUGGACUGGCGUUAGUCGAUGAGCUAGGCUCGCUGGAAGGGUGGGCCAAGCAACACUCAACACAUCUGGAAAUCUUUGGAGGCUUCUUGCAAUAUGCCAAGAAGUUGGAGAAUAACGUCUCGCUUCGCCUCUUCCACGAGGUGCUAGUACUCAAGCCCGAGCAACAAUUGUUUGAGUACGUUGGCUGCCAUCCGGGCACCGGUUUGCUAGCCAUAGUUUAGUCAAUUGAUGCACUCGAGAUACCAAGCUUUGAUCUAAGA